CCCGGAUCCGGGCGAGGUUCCACUUUAAGGGGCGGGCGCUCCACCGCUAUCAUUUCUACGGGAGCGGCGAAUAUCGCGAGAUUUGCGCAGAUGCAACAUGGCGGACGAGGAGGUGGCCAAGCUGCAGAAACACCUGGCACUCCUCCGGCAGGAGUACGUGAAGCUGCAGCAGAAGCUUGCGGAGACUGAGAAGAGAUGUGCCUUGCUCGCAGCCACUUCCAAUGCUGAGACUACCACUGACUCCUUCAUUUCCAGAUUGCUUGCUAUUGUCUCUGAGCUUUAUCAGCGAGAACAGUACAGUGAUCUGAAAGUGAAGGUUGGAGACAAGUACCUCAAUGUUCACAAGUUUGUGUUGGCAGCACGCAGCAAUACCUGGAGCCUUGCAAACCUUGCUUCCACCCAUGAGCUAGACCUGUCAGAUGCUGAGCCAGAUGUGGCCAUGUCAAUGCUUCGAUGGGUUUACACAGAUGAUCUGGAAUUGAAGGAAGAUGACGUGUUCCUUAUCGAUCUGAUGAAACUGGCCAAUCGGUUUCAGCUGUAUCAACUCCGGGAAAGGUGUGAAAAAGGAGUUAUGUCACUGGUUAAUGUUAGGAACUGCAUUCGCUUUUAUCAGACUGCAGAGGAGCUGAAUGCUGUUGCAUUAUUGAACUACUGUUCUGAAAUCAUAGCCAGCCAUUGGGAUGAUCUACAGAAGGAUGACUUCAGCAGCAUGACUGCUCCUUUGUUAUACAAAAUGAUUAAAUCAAAAACCGAGUACCCUUUGCAUAAAGCUAUCAAAGUAGAAAGGGAAGAUGUUGUAUUUCUCCACCUUAUUGCGAUGGACUCUCAGUUACCUGGCAAACUAAAUGAACUUGACGAUAAUGGAGACCUGGCCUUGGAUCUGGCUCUCUCUCGACGGCUAGAGAGUAUUGCGACAACGCUGGUUAAUAACAAAGCAGAUGUUGACAUGGUGGAUAAGACUGGCUGGAGUUUGCUUCACAAAGCUAUCCAACGAGGUGAUGAAUUUUCUGCUAGCUUUUUGAUUCGAAACGGUGCCUGUAUAAAUGCAGCUACUUACGGCGAACAGGAGACAUCGCUUCACCUUGUGGCCUCGUACAGUUUGAAAAGACACUCGUUGGAAGCAAUGGCAGGAAUGGCGCGCAUUGCACAAGCACUUUUGGAAGCUUCUGCCAAUUCCAAUAUGCAGGAUAGCAAAGGAAGGACACCUUUGCAUAGCUCUAUAUUGGCAGGAAAUGAGUAUGUCUUCACACAGUUACUGCAGUGUAAACGAUGUGAUUUGGAGUUGAAGGAUCACGAAGGAAGUACUGCACUGUGGUUAGCACUUCAGGAUAUAACGGUGGAUUCUGAUCAAUCAGUGAAUCCAUUUGAUGAUGUUCAGGUUGUGAACGGCACCUCUUUUGAUGAGAAUAGUUUUGCUGCAAAGCUUAUAGCACAAGGCAGUAAUCCUGAUGCUCCAGAUGCAAAAGAUAAUUGUUUGAUGCAAAGAGCGUCUGAGAGCAAAAAUGAAGCUGCUGCACUUUUCCUGGUUGCUCAUGGUGCCAAAGUGAAUCACAUCAAUCAAUGGGGUGAAACACCACUACACACGGCCUGCCGACAUGGCCUGGCAAACCUCACUGUAGAACUAUUGCAACAUGGAGCAAAUCCCAACAUUCAAACAAAACGGCCGCUUCCCACUGGCAUGGGUGUGUCACAAGAUACCGCUGACGGCCUCCACCUGCAGACGCCACUUCACAUGGCAAUAGCAAACAACCAUCCCGAUGUGGUAUCUGUGAUACUGGAGCAGAAAGCAAAUGCACUUCAUGCGGCUAGCAAUCUGCUCAUUAUCCCCGACUUCAGCCUGAAAGAUUCCAGAGAUCAGACUGUUCUAGGAUUGGCUCUGUGGACAGGCAUGCACACAAUUGCAGCACAGCUCCUUGGUUCAGGGGCAGCCAUUAAUGACUGUAUGUCUGAUGGUCAGACUCUACUGCACAUGGCAAUUCAGAGGCAAGACAGCAAAAGUGCCCUCUUCCUUCUUGAACACCAAGCUGAUAUAAAUGUCCGAACUAAUGACAGUGAAACAGCUCUUCAGUUAGCCAUCAAAAAUCAGCUUCCGCUUGUUGUUGAUGCUCUUUGUACACGAGGUGCAGAUAUGACUGUGCCGGAUGAGAAGGGAAAUGCACCUUUGUGGCUGGCCCUGGACAGUGGACUUGAGGACAUUGCCUCCACUUUGGUGAGACAUGGCUGUGAUGCAACGUGUUGGGGUACCGGACCCAGCGGGUGUCUGCAGACUUUGUUACACCGAGCCAUUGAUGAGAAUAACGAGAAUUCUGGCUGCUUCCUCAUCCGCAGCGGGUGUGAUACAAACAGUCCCAGGCGACCAGGGCCCAAUGGUGAAGGUGAUGAGGAGGCACAUGAUGCUCAGACACCGUUGCACAUGGCAGCAAGCUGGGGCCUAGAAGAAGUGGUGCAGUGCCUGCUGGAGUUCGGUGCCAACGUGAAUACUCAGGAUGCAGAGGGAAGAACUCCAAUCCACGUUGCCAUUAGCAAUCAGCACAGCAUUAUAAUUCAGCUUCUGAUCUCGCAUCCUGAUAUCCGGUUAAACGUGCGGGAUCGCCAGGGUCUGACGCCCUUUGCCUGUGCAAUGACGUACAAGAACAACAAGGCUGCCGAGUCAAUCCUCAAACGAGAGCCAGGAGCAGCUGAGCAGAUUGAUAACAAGGGGAGGAACUUUCUUCAUAUUGCUGUGCAGAACUCUGACAUCGAGAGUGUUCUAUUCCUGAUUAGUGUGCAGGCCAAUGUGAACUCGCGCGUCCAGGAUUCAUCCAAGCUUACACCAUUACACCUGGCAGUGCAAGCAGGAUCUGAGAUAAUAGUCCGGAAUCUGCUGCUUGCAGGUGCCAAAGUGAACGAGCUGACAAAACACCGUCAGACUGCCCUCCAUCUUGCGGCUCAGCAGGACCUGCCAACUAUCUGCUCUGUGCUGCUGGAGAACGGUGUGGAGUUUGCUGCUGUCGAUGAGAAUGGAAACAACGCCCUUCACCUGGCGGUUAUGCAUGGACGCCUCAACGUAGUGCGUGUUCUCCUAACUGAGUGUAGUAUCGAUGCUGAAGUUUUCAAUUUGAGGGGACAGUCACCUAUGCACGUCCUGGGACAUUAUGGGAAAGAAAAUGCAGCAACCAUCUUUGAGCUCUUCUUAGAAUGCAUGCCUGACUACCCACUCGAUAAGCCAGAUGCUGAAGGGAACACAGCCUUGCUGCUGGCUUACAUGAAGGGAAAUGCCAAUCUGUGUCGAGCCAUUGUGCGGGCUGGAGCCCGUCUGGGUGUCAAUAACAACCAGGGGAUCAACAUAUUUAAUUACCAGGUGGCCACAAAGCAACUGCUCUUCCGGCUUCUAGACAUGCUGUCAAAGGAGCCCCCUUGGUGUGAUGGUUCCAACUGCUUCGAGUGCAUCUCCAAGUUUGGCGUCACUAUGCGCAAGCACCAUUGCCGCCAUUGUGGACGAUUGCUGUGCCACAAGUGUUCAAUGAAGGAAAUUCCCAUCAUCAAGUUUGAUUUGAACAAGCCUGUACGAGUGUGCGACAUAUGCUUCGAUGUCCUGACACUGGGUGGAGUCUCUUAGUACUUGUUAGAGUUGCUCUCUUGUUUGUGUUUUACCAGCACUACACAAUGCCUUUUCCAGCAGCUGGAAGGUCGAAUUGGACUAGCACCUUUAAAGAAAAGUCUAAACACUUGAAGAUUGCAUUGUAUUACUCAGAUUGAAAUUAUGCUGUUUGAUUGUAAUAAGGGACUUGAUGGCAUUAAUGAAUGAGCAAAUGCAUAGCCACGUGAAUCACUCAGAGUUGAGUGCAGGUGCUUCUGGCUGGGAUUGGUAUGAGCCUAUUCUUACAGGGUUGUAUGGUAGAAAUAUUCAGGACCUGGGGGUGUUUCAAAUGAGCACACUCCAGUUCUGUUCUACUUUGUAUUUUUUUAAAUCCUUGCUCAUUAAUCAUAGGUAAUGCUUUUUCCCUUCCCCAGAUCCAUUCAAAAUAUAAUCUUCAAUAUCAUUGUGAAGUCACACUUGUGACAGUGUAGACUAACUCAACAAUCCCUUGAGGGUAUUGACUAUCCACUUCUCACAUGGACCAUGUACGGCAAAUGCUUCAAUUUAGAAUGCUCAUUCUUCAUCUAUACAUGACAGCAAUUGACUUGCUGAUUAGCUCUCUCUGGGAAGAAAUUGGUAACACUAAUUUAUUUUACCAGUACAGUGGCUGUGCAUUUAAAAAGGGAAAUGGCAUAUAUUUGAACUAAAUGCAUAGCCUACUCUGUGGUAGAAUAUCAUUUCUUUUAAACUGUUAAAACAUAACUUUAAAAAAAUAUAUCUGCUUAGUACAGUAACAAACUAAUCUUUAGGAAGCUAAUUCUGUAGCCUAUAGUAUUUGAACAGAAUGUUUUGCCUUUUCAUUAAUUUCAGUUUUAGUUCAGUAGGUCUGUUUACUGGAUUCCCCUUGUAAGGAGCAGUGCAGACUUGGCAUGCGGCUUGUUCUAGGAUCACCUCACUGGGUAAUGGAUGUGCUCCAACUAGAAUAGGGGAGAUUAGUUUGCUGGAAACCCUGCCAUGUGAGUCAUUAAUCCAUCGGGUGCUGGGCGCACACAUUAAGCUUUGGUCAUAAGUCACAAAGAAGCCACUUUUGUUAUGUGUGAAUGAUACUCUGGCCAUCCCUGAACAAGAGAAUGUUACAUUUUGAAAACGAUUCCACUUUGUCAAGAUUUGCUGCAUGACAUGCAGUGAAAAUUGUGUAAAAUUUUUCAGAACAAAAUGUAUUUUAAGCAGUUUGUGCAGUGCUAAACAAUGCUUUAAUGUGUUUUGGCAAAAUUUCCCAUUGCAUUAUAACUUAAUCCAUUCGAAUAUAAACCCUGCUGCUUUGAGCCUGAAUAGUUGAUAUCUUACAUUGACAUCCCAUAUAUAAUUCUGAUAUAAUCUGUAAUAUUGCUUCCUCUGCGCUUAUUGACGGGAUGAAGGGUAAACUAGAACUUUGGAAAGGUUUACAUUCAUUUAUUUGUUGAAGUCAGCAACUUGUCGAAUAACAUUCCACGUGUAAUACGAUGUUGGUGCAUUUGUAAUGCAGCUUGUGUGCCUUGUGAAGCUGCUUAUAUAAUUAAACUCUAUUGGAGACUUCUGGCUAACAACAAUUGCUUUGAACUAAUGUGGUAGUAUUAAAUUCCCUUUAAAGUUUAAUGAUGGGGUCGAUUGAAGACACUAUUUACUCGACAUGAUUAUGUUCUUAUUUCAUGGUCUUGUUUGCUAAACAUCCUAGGGUAGCUAUGUUAUUUCACUAAUUUGCCCAAUUAUAAUCAUGCUAAAGCUUGCCAGAAACAAAGCCAAGCUUGCUGAUUCUUGCAGAGCCAAGACACAACCGAUCCGAUCUAGCAUUAGAUUUUAGUAACCGUUUUUCCAGAUACUCCGUGCUUUCAGGUGUUGGCCUGUGACAUUGAAAGCAAUAAGUAAUGGGUGUAACAAAAAUCAGGGAUCCUUCAAUCCUACGAUGUUUCAAGGAUUAAUUUAAUGGUUCAGUUAAUGGAUGUUCAUUGAGAUCAAUCAAUAGAAGCAUUGCCUUUGUGAUUUCUGUAUCAGUUCAGCAUGUGGAUCGGUUGAGCAAUAAUCGGCCAACAUUGCUUAUUGUUUGCCUAUUAAACUAGAUUUCCAGUUAAUUCCUGCAACCACAGUCACAGGCUGUUGUCCUGGUAGGAACAAACUACCCAUUAGGUCAGCAAUUGCUUGUGGCGGUCAAAUUGCAGCAAAAGCACCAACAUCUUAUUCCAUCUACUCCCUACUCCUUCCAGUGCCUAUGGUCUUUUAGUCUGCUGAGUAAUGAGUAAUCUCAAUCCAUUGAGGACUGCAUCUUGUCAAACAUCAAUGCUCCACGUUCAUCCAAACCUUCUAUAAUGAGCAGUGCUUUAUGAAUAAAUCCACAGAAUAUUACAAAAGAACAAAUGAAUUUAUAGAGAUCUGUUUGAGCAGCUAGUGCUCAAUGGGUUAAAACUUUUAUUUUGGACUUUAUCUCCACUUCAUUUUUCAGUGUUAGAAGAGAUCUGUUUUGCACUUGCAUUUAAACCUGUUGCACAAUUGUCCCAUAAUAAUGUAUGUUUACUUAUGUUUACAGUGUGUAGGCAAAUAAGUCAGUGCAGCAACAUUGAUUAUCCAGGAUGUUGCUAACACUGGUGCUUACGGAUAUAGAGAUGAUCAAUAUAGCCAGCUUUGGUAACA